AUGCCUGACAUGGCGGAAAGCGCUGCAGGGAGGGGAGGGGAACAUGCAGGGGGAGGCUGCCUGAGGGAUGAAGAGAGGCAGAGAGGCAGAUGUGAGGAGGAGAGUGCUCGGGGACUGCAUGAGAGAAAGAGGUCACGAGGUCGAGGUCGGGACUGCGCUGCUCUGGCAUCCGUGAGGAAGGUUGGUUUUCAAAUUGGGGCGGGAGGGAUCAUGGCAAGGAUCUUCGUAGUCUUUAGUUGCUUCGUGCUGUCUCGGGGUGAGAAUGUGACAACGAUUCUCAAUCCUACUGGGCACUUGAACGAGGCAUUCAACGUGAGCUUUUCAGGGUCCGGGUUCGACAGCGCAGGAGUGUAUUCAUGUACUAUCAACCGCGGGAGCAUGUUGGAGGUUGGCUCUGCACUCAGAGUCGAUCCCGAUCUGAUCGUCUGCUACUUCUCUCCAUCUUCAAGACUGCCCGGAGUGUGGAAUGCAACAUUGCUGAGAGAUGGCCUGUCGGUGCAAGUGGUGGGCAAUAACGUUCUCACAGUCUUCCUACCGCCGAAGUUGUAUGCAUCCUCUAACAAUUAUUCUUUUCCUGCUCCCGAUUGCAAAGGCUCCUGCUGGCCAAUCUACAUCCCUCUUCAGGGUGAGGGGAUUCUGCUGAGCGAGCGAGGCAAGUUCAGUUGUGGUAUCGUGAGCUCGAAGGAUGGCAGUCAGAUCCUGCUUCAGACGAGGAUGGAUACCAUGCUUUCUUCCGCAUUGUCGUCCAUCGUUCAAAUCAGCCAAGAUGGGAGUCUUACGUGCGCCAUAGGCACUGCAGAUUCCUUUCCUCAAUAUUCCCAAGGGACUUUCAAGCUGGUAGUCAUGUACCAAGGGAGGCCAGUGGAAUGGAACGGGGAUGGGUUGACGUUUCACUUGGGGGAGGCUUGGACACACACAAGCUGUGAUGGCUCUUCUUGCGCACUGAGUGCGAUGGGAGAGACCGAAUUCCAAGUCUAUGGGUUUGGUUUCAGCAAUUCCUCGUACGACUGCCAGUUCAGUGGGAACGGUGUAGAUGUCACUGGAAAGGUUUCGUACGUAAGUCAAGUGCAGUUAGCCUGCACAGCUCCUGCAAGGAGUCAGACAGCAUCUAAAGUCUCGUUCUCGCUCCACAACUCUAUGAGCAAUCAAGUUCUUUUCUCAGGCCCUGCCGUUCCUACCUUCCGUUACUUUGCCGCCUGGUGGUUCCCUAUAACGCCCGUGUUUUCAGUGUUGGGUGUUCCAGAUGCAGGUUGGACAACGCCGCAGGUCUAUCAGAAUGACAAGGUUGUGAUCAAUGGAGUCGGCUUCAACCUGUCAAGAAGCUAUGUCGCUCAUUUCAUUGGGAGGGAUGUGAACGGAGACAGAUUGGAAACGGUCCAGGCUGAUCUGCAAGUCGUUUCUGAAACGCGCAUGCUGUUGCAAGUUCCUCAGUAUGGUGGACCAGAGGCAUUGGUUCUUGUUAGCCUUUACGAGUGUAGCUCUGAACAGAACUGCCAACUGCUGUCCUCUCGUUACGAUGGCAAUCGCUUCCGCUUCGUUGCAAGUGUCUUCCAUAUGACAGUUUUGAACAGCAGCCUGUGUUACCCGCAGGGAUCGUACCGUUGCUGGGGGCACAUUUCUAAUCCAAUCAGCAUCACUGUUGCGGGUCAAGGGUUCAAUCCUUCCUAUUCAUAUCCAGUGUACAGAUGUCGAUUUUCUUCUCACGACAAUCAAUCAUUCUAUGUCCUUUCCGACAGCGUCGUCGCUGUUGAUCAGCACACUAUUGUAUGUAGCAUGCCAGCAUGGCCUUUCUUAUUCGUUCCAAAAGUGGAGCUGACGAUAUACUCGAUGAUCUCAGAGGUCACCCUGUCUGCUGGCCUCUCCAACGUCAAGCCUCUCUACUUUUUCCUUCCUGUAGUCACCCGGAUGGCUCCUACCGCUGCUCCUGCCUCAGCUGCCCUGCUGACGCUCAGCGGGUUUGGGUUUGCUGGGAACACCUCUUGUUUCUUGCAUGUACAGGAAGACUCCCCUUGGCCCCACGUCUUCGGCUUUCGCAGGCUCAUGCUGCCUGCCAAGAGGUUGUCUCCUUCAACUUUGAAUUGUGACCUCGGGGACCUUUGGGGGAUCCGAUUCCCUUCCUCGGUAGCAGAUGUAUACGUCAUUCAGUAUCUUGGUCUGGGAGUAGCAACGCCCACACACUAUGGAUCCAUGGAGGCCUCCCUGUCGGUCAACUUCAGCUCACCCGACGACAUCUGGCCGAUCGAGAGUGGAAUGAUGCUGAUCGUUGGGCAGGAGGUGAUGAUGAUCAAGAGCGCCUCCGACGGAGGGAGUCAGUUGGUGGUCAACCGCGCGUGCGUCACUUGCGCCAUAGGUGUCGAAGACGUCUACCUGGUCCUGCCGAGAAAUUCCAGCUUCGUGUUCAAGUUUUACUUGUCCCCUUGGUACUCCAUCAGCAACACAGACUUGUACUCUGCCGGGGGAAGUUUGGUUCUUCAGGGCUAUGGCCUGUACAAUACCAAGAUCCCAGAAGCAAGAAGUCUAGCCUCCUCAGUGACCAGCGGACUUUUGGCAGAUUUCACUCCAGGGAACUACGCAGCAGGAGGACUUGUUUAUGGGGUACUGUUCGACCUGUUCCCGGAGGAAUACGUCUCUGUGACCGGAGUCGACGUCUCCAUGAAGGCUGGAGCGGGUCAUGUCUGGGUUUACACGAGAAAAUGUGAGUGCAGCCUGUGGUUCAGCGAGUUGAACCUCGACGACUGGCAGCUCGUUGCCAACGUGAGCGUGGAGGGAGGUGGCCUUGUAAAUGUGAAGAUCAACGAUGUAAAUAUCUCGGCCAACGGCAGGAGAGGUCUCAUGAUCCUCUCUGACCUCUCCUUCGCGUAUGCCAGGUGUGACAGCGCUUACGGAGGCUGCGGCACCAACUCGUCAACUGACAACAUCUUGACGAUCGAAGCCGGUCUCUCCGUCUCGUCCUGGGUCAACGUGAUGGGUGAACCAACACUGCUCAAGGAGCAGUGGGGCAACAGGGCCAGCCCUCGUUUCUUCGUCGGCAACGUCAACUAUUCCGUGUUACUUGGGGAUACCUACGUCUGUGAGCUUCAGAACGAGGCUGAAACUGCCUUGUCCGACUGCUCCAAGGCCAUCUCCACCGCGAGGAUCGACGAGCCUUCGCUGGUGACUUGCAACUUCCAGCACCUUGACACUGCGGGCAUCUUCAACCUCCGUCUGUUGAAAAUCACCAGCGGAGGGAAGGAGUACCUCGAUGCCCCGACGUACAACGUGACCGUGCACGCGUCCUGGAUCACGUUGGAAGGAAACCUGACGCUCCCCAGGUGGGGUGGGAGUGACCUGGUGGUGUAUGGCUUCGGCUUCUCGAUGGCCGGCAUGCGAUGCCGCUUCUCCGCUCAGGGCGUCUUCAUCGACACCAACGUCACCGCCCUGCAGAUCCAUGACGUCUGCCGUUUCCAGUACUCGAGCUCCGUGGCCAUUGCAGGCUGCCAGGAAGGAACAUGCAUAGUGCCCAAGUGGCCCACCUCAGAUCUGAGCUCCCCCUUGACAACUGUGGAGAUCAGCGUUGUCGACGCGGCUAGCCGAGUGAUAGACUGGACGCCCCUGGCCUCGACCUUCCCUUACACGUUGUAUGGGAUGACGGCAGCGGGCAACUCGACUAGCGGGUGUGGGUACAACACAACCUACUACCUCGUCUCCGACUCGCCCGAGUACACUGGGCGAUCUGCAACCCUGUACGAGGUCUGGUCCUACGUGACCCCGUCGGUAGUCCCGGCGACGGGGGAGGAAGACGUUGUCAUCUCGGGCUACGGGUUCAACAGCAGCGGCGAGUACGUGUGUGCAGUCAGUAUGCUGGGCCAUAGCGCCUUGUACUCGUCGCAGGUCGUGAAUGACUCGGCGCUCCGUUGUAACCUCAAGGAGUUUGUGUGGGGGAGUCACUUUCCUGCUUUCCACUCAGAGCAGGCGCUGUGGGGCAACGAGGGAGAGGUCUCCGUGCUCAAGUCGGUAACGGCAGUCAACGGCUCCGACUUGAACGACCAUGUAGGGAUGUAUGAGGAGAUCCUGAGGCGGGGCCUCAGCCUGUACUUGAUGGGUUGUGGCAGUAUCAGAUCGCUGCUGGUGCAGGAGCAGAACGGAAUCAAGUCAGCGGUCUUGGGAGACUUUCUAUGGGGGGACGGGGGCGGUUGGCAAGCAUGUGACUCGCUGACUGUCAUUUCGGAGGUGAAGAACGAAGAGCCGAGGUGCGAGAGGUUGGCAGGGAGCCUGUUCUGUGACAAGUCAAGGUCGACUUCCCUGUCGUUCACCUCGAGCUGGGGCUCGCAGAGCAGGCAGUACUCGGUGACGAAGGAGAAUAUAGCGGUGGAAGUGAAAGGGAGCGGGUUGGACGUGUCGAGCUGUUACUUCCUCAACUUUACAUCUGAGCUCGGCUGGCAGCUCUCUUCCUUUGAGAAGCCGCGGAAUUCAACUUUCAUCGGGUUUGUGUUUCCCGGAUGGAAACUGAACAGCGUCAGGACAAGUCUGGAGCUUCAUCGAAUUAUCUCCGACCAGCCCAUCCCAUCGUGCGAACACUACUCUUCAAUCUUCAACUCCUCCGUCACCAACAACACCAACACGUCCAAUACUUCGAAUGUGAGCGAUGUAUUCCUUGACACCAUGGCUUCGUUCAACUCUUCAAAUAUCUCAGCAACGAACAACUCAAACACAACAUCAGACCCUUCCCUUUCUUUCUCUACUGAGCUUGCCGCCUUCAACACUACAGAACUAGUAUGCCGCAGCGGAUAUUUUCCGGACUGCGAGGGUGGAGAGCAGGUCAACUAUGACUUUCUUGCCGAAUGGUACUUUGGAGGCAACGACGCGAACUCGGUCCAGCUUCAAGGGUACGGCAUCGGAGAAAACUACAACUACACCUGUGUCUUCCAGAACAACAUCGGCGAAUUCCAAUCAGCACUGAACAUAACCUCGCUAACUUGUCCGAUUCCAUCAGGCUACUUCUCGCCUUCGUACCUCAACAUCUCAGUCAUCUCGUCGCUUCCUCUGCUCAGAAACGGGAUCAGCGAUACUGUACAGACUUUCUACUUCGGUCUUCUCCAGGGCCUCAGUGCCAACCCAAAGCUGUCUGGUCCAGCAUCGGGAGGGUCCGUGGUGAGCGUGAAAGGAUUCAGGUUUUCUGCUUCUGCCACGUACACUUGCCUGUUCUCAAGGGAGCUGGAAGAGAGAGAAGAGCAAGCGGAGUAUGUCAACGACGAGCUUCUCCUCUGUCCCACUCCAAACUGGGGCAAGGAUUACCCAGCCAUGGGGGGCAGAGUCCAGGUUGACAUCGCCUACGAGGGUUGGAAGUUUGCCAAGGCCGACGUCGACUUCUCGUUCGAGUUCUACAUGAUAUGGAACUCUUCCUACGUGUCACUCCUACAAGCGUCAGUCAAGGGCGGGAGCAGCCUCGACCUCCGCGGCUUCGGCUUCGUUCAGUCGGUCGAGUACUUCUGUCUCUACGAAGCCUUUCAGACCACCGUGGCUGUUCGAGCAGACUACACGACGGUGACGAGCUUGACUUGUCCAUCGCCAGUGGUCGAUUAUCCUGCGACCACCGUCACUGUGAGCCUGUCCUACUCUUACAACGGAACAAACCUGUCAAUUCCCCAGCUGGAUUCUACCACCCUCUCUCUUUCCCUCUACGAAGUGGUUGACAGCGUCUCUCCCAGCUCGGGCUGGGCUAAAGGCGGCCAGAAAGUCGUUGUGUUCGGCCAAGGGUUCGUCCCUGAAGCAAACUACUACUGCAAGUUCGAGCAUGGGGAAAGCAUGUCGGUGAAGGCGAAAGUGGUGAGCACCACUGAGCUCUCAUGCAACGUGACAGCAUGGGAUGUGCACGAGACUGUCGGCCUGGAGAUUCUCAGGGAAAGUGCGAGCGUCGUCCACUCGACUCAGCUCUCCUUCACCUUCCUGCAAGGAUGGGACUGGAUCGAACCGACCCUUGCCUCAGCUCGAGGGACAGCCAACGUCACCAUCUACGGCUUCGGCUUUGACGUAUCUCCCUACCUCUGCAGAUUCUCGUCCGGGAGCUCCAACUUGACGACUGAGGCCGCCGCGAUCUCCCCUGGCCUCAUCGUCUGCCCCGUUCCAGCAUGGGGCGCUGACUUUCCGGUCGCUCCCAACGAGACUGUAUCGCUCGAGCUGCUGCAAGGGAUGGAGGUUGUGCCCUUCACCAACUCAGGGUUGGAGCAGGUGAGCUCGGCUCCGUGUCAAGACACUUCCUGUCAGCUCCUCCUCUGCUUCGAGUGGGUCUCUUACAACAUCGACAAUCAGGACAACGGGAUGUUUGCUGGGGGCUCCAGCAGUGACGGCAAACUUGUUACAGUCCAUGGGUUCGGCUUCUCCCCGGAUUUCACCUACACGUGCGAGUUCACCAUCGGAAGCUGCAAAUAUCAACAAGUUGGGACUAUUCAGAGCUUCCAGGAGCUCAGCUGCCCCGUCCCAGCUCUUGCUGCCUCCUGCCCUGCUUCGUCAGGGACUCUGCAGCUUCUCCUGGAACCCCUCCCGUCUCUCUGUCCCGCCCUGUCUGUUCUGAGCCUCACCUACCGGCCUUCAUGGUCGUCGAUGGGCUCGCUGCGACUGCCAGCGAGCGGGUCGGAGACGGUGAUGGUGUAUGGCAACGGGUUUGUAGAGGGCUCGAUAUAUCAGUGUCAGUACGUGUGUGCAGGAGUCAGUUUUACCAUGAAAGGGUACUGGAGGGACACAACCAUCCUUGAAUGUCACUCGCCCACCUGGAAUUUCGCCGCUACCACGUGCAAGGUGUCGAUAUUGCAGGACAGCCACAUCGUUCGCUUCCUUCCCCACCCGGUGAACUCGUCUGACGUCGUCUUCUUGUAUCCUUGUACUGACGGAGUCGUGGCGCCAUCCUCGUUCUCCUCCAUCGGGGGAUCUAUCCUCACUGUGUUCGGGUUUGGCUUCAACACAGACGUCUCCAAGGACUACAUCUGCAUCUUCUCCGGCCCUUCACUGCAGAACUACACGCAAGCCAGAGCGGUUGAUGCCAACACCAUCAUCUGCCGAGCGCCGGACCAGUGGGGAUUGACGAGGCCGUCAGGACAAGUCGCGGUGGAGGUGACGGAGAACGAGGUUCCAUUGCCCUGCAUCAACUCGUCACGGUGCUGGUCCAACACGACCGUGAGGUUCGAGAGCCUUCCUCUCAUUCGAAAUCUCUCCAUCUCAACCUUCUCAGCCUCGGGCGGGGACACUCUGACCAUCUCGGGGUAUGGCUUCGGGUACUGGCCAGUAGAGUUGGAAAUGCCGGGCAAGCUCUGCAUCUUCAGAAGCAGCCUGUCGCCAGGUGCAGUGUCAGUGCAGUCGUCGAUCUCGGUGGUGAGCCCAGCUCGCAUGGAGUGUCGAAUUCCAGAGUGGAACUACAGCACAAUUUCCACCGGGGUCCUGCAGGUCAGACUGCAAGGGGCAUACGUCCCGUUCCUGCCCAACGGCCAAGUUACCUCGCCCUUCGUCUUCGAAGCCGUGUGGGGCCACAAGAAUGUCUCCCAGAGUCUGGCCAAGGGUGGACAUGUCGUGAGCAUACAGGGAGUCGGGUUUCGGCUCGAGGCGACUUACUCUUGCGUCUUUGACUAUCAGGGCAAUGCCACGUCAUCAACGGCGCAGUUUCUUGACACCCAGAACCUCCUCUGCCUCAUUCCGAGCUGGGUCUAUCCUCAGGCGACUGCGCGUUUUUCUGUGCAUGACGUGUCGGGGAGCAGGGAGCUGGACAGGCUGCCGGGUACCGACGACUCGUUCACCUUCUAUCAAUCCUGGGACUCAGUCUCUUCCUCGAACCCCGUCGAUGGGCUGGCGAGCGGGAACGAAGAGCUCCUGCUCGAGGGGUUCGGCUUCGUUCCUUCGGGCAUGUACCGCUGUGUCUUCCAGCGGUACGUGGACGGAGAGGUCAACCAGACCAUGACGGUUGAGGGACAUUCAGUGAGCCCCACUACAGUCUCUUGUCAAACUCCCGCCUGGGGCCUGCAGUACGUGGCGUUCCAGGUCGAGGCCGAGUCGGAGCUGAGAAAGGAAGGGCACACGGCCGUGCUCUUGACGAUGGAUGACGUUGCAGUCAACUUCACCAAUCGCACGCUGGACGCUGUGGAGGUCGACACCUUCUCAUGGUACGAGCUGUGCACUUCGGUGGAGCAGAGGGUGGAUCAGCCGCAGAGAGGGUCAUGCAUCUUCCGCUUCCUGGUUGCCUGGUCCUCCCAGGGCACAUUCCCUUCCACGUUUUCUGCUGCAGGAGGGGAGCUGAUACACGUGAACGCGUUCGGCCUCUCGGCCUCGCUGGAAUACCUGUGCGUCUUCUACUAUCACACGGGUGACAGCCUGCAGUACAAGACUUUCUCCAACGACAUCACACGAGCAUGGCAGGGGUAUCGGUUCCUGCGGAGGUUCUUCAGCCCGAUCAACAAGACAUCAUUCGAAUGCACCUCUCCUGCAUGGAACUACCAGCACGUCAAGAACGCGACGCUGGAAGUGAGGAUACAGGAUGAAGUCACCGACGUGUUCAGCUGCCAAGUGGUCAGCAAGGCUCCAGGUCCUCCCAGGUAUAUUGAGUUUCUCCCUGGGAUCCUGCAAGUCAGCCCGACGAGCCUGCCAGCGCUGGGCGGGUUCUUGAUAACCAUCUCGGGCUUCGGCUUCGGUAACGAGAAGCACGUGUGCGACUAUGGGGGGCUGCAGCAGACGGAAGCAGUUGUAUCCACUUGUUGUGAAAUCCCUCAGCAACCCUGCAUGUACUAUCAGGUGCUGUGUGUAGUGGAGGAUUGGUACUUCGACCCUGGGCUCUUCAACCUGUCCGUGAUCCCUGCCUCGCUGUCCUCCCCGAUACAGUUCUACGACAGGAACGGAGAAGAUUUCGUAGCCAAGGAACAGUUCGCGCAGACUGUAGAUUUCUACACUGUCUGGAACAAGACUAAUCCAACUUUCUUCGACCGCCUGGGAGGAAUCGAUGGAGGGAGGUCGCCAGCGCUGACGAUCACUGGGAGAGCUUUCUACGAGCAGAACAAGUACUUCUGUGUGGUUGGGAGCACCCUCAACGAGAGCGCAAUGCAGCAGGCUCAGAGUGAGCCGGCAGGCAGUAUCGCCGAUCUCCUGACUUCCUACUCCAACUUGGUUGUGGAGGCUGUUCACUUGGAGUACAGCCCAGCAUACAGGGUGAGCAGAAGCGAGGUGGUAUGCAUCCCUCCUGUGUGGGACAACAGCACCUUGUGGCCGUAUGCUGCGUUCCCCGUCAACCUGAGCAUUGUUGUGAUGUCAGGGUCAGAAUGGGGCAUCGUUCCCUUCCGAUCGCCUCUGCUCUCGCCUUCCUGCAAUCAGCAGAUGCUUCUACUGGAGGCGACAACCGCGGAUGCCGUCCACAUCAACAAGCCUCCUCAGUUCUACACCAAGGGCAACAUCUUUGUGCCGGCCGACUCGUCCUACGUGAUCAUGACGACUGAAUGGAUCGAGUACCUCUCGGCAGGGAACACCUAUGACGGGAGGAGGGUGGACUACGUGGAGUCGCCUCAGUCCCUCACGUUCUCAGUGCAGUUGACGACCAACGAACAGAAGCUGUUCACGCUGCCUCCCUCCAUCACCAGCAACGGCACCCUCCAGUUCAGGACCAAGUACCUGGCGUCAGGCAGAGCUGAGAUCUUGGUUCAGCUCAAGGACAACGGAGGUACAGAGUUUGGAGGGGGCGAUCUCUCCAGCCUCAAGAGGUUCUUUGUCUCCCUGAUCCCUCAGAUCGACAUUCCGACAUUCCAGUUCGGAGGCAAGAUCGUGGUCCUCGAGGCGGAGAGCUCGGAGGCGAACUCCAACUUCUUCUACCGCAUCAUGACUGACCUGAUUCACGGGCCCUAUGAGUUCUUCCAGCAGAUGACCUUCAAGCUGGUCCCCGAGGAGAACGAGUACCUGUUCGACCUCACCAUCACUAACAACUUCGACUUCGGGUCCGGCCUGAACCUAUUCUUCAGAACGCGAAACUUCACCUUCGGCAACACCAGCGUUGAGAUCGUCCUCAACAGCUUCGACUUGAUCACAAGGCAGUCCAGCUCCCUCAACAAGACAUUCGAGGUUAUCAUCAUCCCCGUCAACACUCCACCUUCCUUCCAGCUCGCCGUCGACCUGAUCACUGUCAACCAAUCCUCUUCUCGAUCGUGCCAUCAGUUGGCCCAUCAGAUCUUUAAAGGGCCCACCACCUUGUCCUCCCUUGUAGGCCCGAAGGGAGAGGAUUGGUUUGAGAGCGCGCAGGAUCUCACGUUCAAGAUCAGUGGAGGAGGAGGAGGAGGAGGCGAUUGCUUUGCCGACCUGCUGGAAAACGUGUCCAUCUCCAACGAUGGGAUACUCUGCUUCACCCCGGUGCCCCGCAUCGUCGGCCAUGCGACAUGCUCGCUGACCUUGUAUGACAACGGAGGGACCUUGAACGGAGGGAAGAACGUCUCGGGCACGCUGGACUUUACCGUUGAGGUCGUCCCUGUCAACGACGAGCCGUUCUUCAGCUUCAAUGAGGUUGCCUGCGAGCAUGCAUCUCAGUAUGCCUGCCAGGUGAACGACAGUUACUUCGAGGUCCGGGUGCCUUCGACCUUCCUAGGAGAGUGCUCGAGCCCUGUCUGCCAGGGCUGCGACUUUCCGAUCCUGAUCUCCAACUUUGCCAAGAACGUCACGGCCAGCAGGCAGUAUUUGUACAACGAGCGGAAUCAGCAGUUGACCUUUGACAUCGUCCCUGAGUCGAACGUGUCGCUCCUUUACAGCAACCUUUCCAUAACCCUGGAGACCAUCUUUCUAUGCAUGAACAAGGACGUCCUCGGAUCGGAGAACUUUGGGAUCUCCCUGUGGGACGACGGAGGUUCGUCCAACGGCGGGGUCAACAACUUUGGGCCCCUUCUCUUCCGGAUGACAGUGUACCUUGUCAAUUCAAGACCGACCUUCGACCGUUGUGACAACGGAAGUUUGACCUUCUGGCAAGGAAGCGGGGGGCACAUGAUCCCCUCGUUCAUCUACAACAUUGACAACGGAAUCGGAAAGCUGAAUGACGUCAUCGAGGCUGACCAGAUCGUAACCUUCACUACCUUCCCAUAUUUUGACCUGCCAGGUUUGAUUCAAGAUCCACUGAUCUACCGGAACGGGACGCUAAGCGUAUCCAUCGGAGCUUCCAUCAACGAGAAAAACUUCUCCUUCGAAAUAAAAGCGCAGGACAACGGAGGGACUGAGGGAGGUGGGGAAGACACCACAACGUCGAACAUGAUGAUCUACGUGGCCAAAUCGUAUCGGAUCGUACAAGUCCACCUCGAUCCAGGCGUCGACUGUCUGCACUUGGAGGAACAGCUGAAACAUGCUCUGCUUCCUGAGGAUAACAUCGUAGAUGUCCGCGUCAGCCAGUGCUCUACCGGUAGCGAAUGUGACGAUACCGUCAGGAGUGACCUGCUCGUCGACCUUGAAGGUCUUUCUGCAAGCAAUAGAAACGUGGUCUUCAUAUCGACUGACUGUAACCCGUCGCUGCAUCUGGACCUACAGGGUUUCUUUGGGCUCAACUUCAACAGCAAGACUUUCAACAGGAACUCUGCACGCGUCCCUUCGUUCUCACUGGCUCGCGAGACUUACUGGACGUACGAAUACGGUGAGCUCGCCCUGCAGGAUGCUUGUAGCACCUCCGAUUACUUGCAAGUUCAGCUCGACGACACGCACAUGAGCCUAACCCUGAAAGAUUUCAUCAAUGACAUCAUUGGGCCAAUCAAUGUUGACAUCGGAUCCACGGGAAAGCUCGAGUUAUACUUUGAUAUCACACCGACGGAGAUCGUGGUGAAUGAUGCCUCCUACAUGAAUAGCAACGACACUUUCUUUGCAAACACAAGCAGAUCGGUAACUGCCUUCUGCCCCAUAGAGAGCAAUUGCUACGACAACUCUUUCUUUGUGAACUGUUCGAUUGAAGUUUUUCUUGGGAAGGCACAGAAAUUCUUGAAUGGGCACGUCGUGUAUAAUAUAUCAAUGCGGAAUUCAGAUCAAAAAGCUGUCUUCACAGUAACAAUUAACCCUGUCAACCAAGAACCUCGUUACACAAUGGUAAAGACGAGCAUCGAGCUGGAAGAGAAUGUUACUCUUGUUUCGAGUCAAUAUGAGUUUGCUAGUGACGUGUUAUCCGGGCCUCCGGUCUACGACGAGCUCCAGCAGCAUCUGACAUUCCACCUGGAGACACUGACGGGCUCGUGGCUGUUUGUAAGCCCCCCGACUAUUCUGAUUGCUUCGCAGAAAGCAUACAUCAACUUCUCUGUGGUGCCGUUCUUGAAUGGUAAUGCAAGCUUCGUCCUGACCUUGUACGAUGACGGCGGCUACAUGUGCGGAAGGAACGUCUCCACUAGCAGCAGUCUUUCAGUGACUGUCCAUCCUGUCAAUCAAGUCCCUUUCUUCGAACUCAGCUGCUCUUCUCUCUCUGCUUCAGAAUGUGUCAACACCUGCGGACAGAACAGCUGGCCCGAUUUCUCCUCGUGCUCCUAUAAUAUGAAACUCUUACAAAACUGCUUGACCUGCUCCCCGGCUCCCAUGUCAGUGAACUGUUCUGCUGGCAAAGUCCCCUUCUACCUGCCGUCCUUCGCAAUCAACAUCAGGCCUACCGGCUACAUGAGUACCUCGACAGAUCGGGAGAUCGCAGCCAUUGAAGACGAGAGCGAUCAGUCGGUGUCGUUCUAUGUCCCACCUGCUGGCCCUGCUGAUUUGAUCUCGAGUCUCGCCCUCGACAGCAAUGGCAACCUGUCGUUCUGUCUUCAGGAGAACUCCGUCGGCUCGACAUCCUUUGCUAUCGAGCUGCAUGACUCUUUGGGCGGUGUCUACGGGACUGCGAACCUGACUGUUGAUGUGCAACGUGUCAACCAACGACCGUCAUUCUCCCUUUGCAAUGGAGGGAUCGUGAACGUGUGGAGGGGCAUCACCUAUCAUCAAGUGCCGAAGUUUGCCGACAACAUCCUGAAGGGGGAUUAUUACAAUGGGAAUGAUGUUGAAAAUUUUCAGCUCAUCACUUUUGUCGUCACUCAGUUCAGUGAUCUCUCAAUCAUCAACACGACAACGGUAACAGUGACGUCAGAGGGCACGUUAUCGUUCGAGGUCCUGCCGGACGCGUUCGGCACCGUCACGAUGAUCGUCCAUGCUGUGGACAACGGAGGGACACAGAACGAAGGGGUUGACACGUCAAUUGCACACACAAUUCAGAUAUCUGUCAUCGGAUUUUACGCUCAACUGACAAGAGCUGUGCAGGGAGCUUGCCCUGAGGUUGAGAUGCUUACAAACAACUUGCCGUUGAACUUGAGCUUCGUGUAUGGUGGAGGAAAUGACGUGCAGGAAGUCAACUUGGCCCCUGUGUGCGAGGGCAAUCAGCACGUGUACUACAAUGCAUCGGACUGUAAGUUCAUCUACAUCAUGAUGCCUUACACCGAGAUCAGUGCCGACUUCCGUCAGAAGGUCAAGAGUUGGGCAACAGAGUAUGGAUGGACGGUCUCGUACUUCGAUUAUAGUGACAGCAGAACCUCCUCUUUUCAAACGAAUCAGAACUACACAUCCUGUGAGUACGGGACUGACUUGACUGUCGACAUUCUGUCCUGUCAGAUCUCCGAGUACGUCAACGUUACCUAUGACGGCACUGAUCAGACGAUGUCUAUUGUUGUUUUGAAUGUUGUUUCCAAUGUAGUUGGCCCUAAGAGUGUUUUGGUCAAUGAUAUGGACCAACUUCAGCUGUCAUUCCAAGUCUCGACCAUGUCUCAGUACGUCUUCGACUAUCAAGCUGACAUACGAGCAAGUGACUCGACCUUGAUCACCGGCGGCGAGGGUCACUUUGACAUCACUUGCGAUCAGCAGCUAGAAGGCUCGCGGAUGGUUGUGGUUAAGUGCACCCAUGGGAGUGUUCUCCUGGGGAAGGUUGAAAAAUACCUCAACGGCCGGAUGAAAUUCCAGGUCAACAUGGACGGGACAGAGAGUCGAGCGGAGUUCGAGCUUGACAUCCGCCCGAUCAAUCAGCAACCAAACUUUGAGAUCUCAAGGCAGCUCAUCGACGUUUACUCCUCAGAUCCUGAUCACUACAUCUAUGACUUUGCCUUCGGAAUCUCGCCAGCGCCUGAGGUGACCACUCAAUCCGAAAAGUGCAUCCAGGACGAGUACAAACAGAAUGUCAUCUUCAAGAUUGCCACCAUUGACAUUUUUGGCGACAUCUUCUCUAUCUUUCCCUCCAUCGUAACUCAGGGGAACAAGGGGGCUUGCAGCGACUUCUACUAUCCCAACGGAACUCUGACCUUCUCACUCAACAAAGGGCAGCAAGGUAACGCGACGCUGCAAAUAUCCGCCAGCGACUGCUACGACAGCUCGGCGAACUGUAAUCCCCAGGGGUUUCAUCGAGCAAACUUCACCAUCGUAGUUCAGCCCGUGCCAAGGCCAACAUGCUUCCAGCUGAGCUCGAGCGUCUACCAGGCACAGCAGUCAGACUCGGCGCAGGUCUUCUGGAUCCACGGGCUGCUCAAGGACGAGUAUGGUACUCACCAGUCAAGUAGCGCAACCUUCGAGGUUCAGGGCUACGACCAGGGAGCGAUCUCAGACGCGCACUUCUACCCCAACGGCAGCCUCAUGCUGGCAGUAAGCAAGUACACCUUCGGCAAGUUCCCCAUGGUGAUCCGACUCGACGACCCAGCGAAUGUGGGGCAAGAAGGGGGCGAUUGCUUCCUACGGAACUUCAGCCUUGACAUUGCCAAAGAGAACUUUCCGCCCUACUUCUAUCUGUCGACUCCAGUGAUCCAGAUAUGUGAGAACCACAACUACAGCCAGCAGAUUCUGGUGGAUAUCGCCACGUCGAAGGAUUCAGAGGCAAGGGAUGGUCCACAGAACAUGACUUUCUGCGUUGUGGCGCUGGGUGAAGAAAUGAAUAUCUUCCAACUCGGCCCAUCUGCUGGGGUAGAUGGAAUUUUCUCAUUUCAGCCGAUACCGAAUCACUUCGGCCAUCGCGCGUUCAACAUCACGCUGAUAGACGAGGGCACAUGUCAGGAUUACAAGUCGGCCAGCGCUACCUACCAGCUGGACAUCUACAUCACGGCCAACAACGACCCUCCUUCCUUCCAGCUGUCAAGUGGUCUACUGCUAGUCAACGAGUCGUCGAUCGAGGGAUACUUGGUUGAGGUAGAGCAGUUCGCGGUGAACAUCUUGAAAGGUCUUGACCUGCCAUACCCCUUCGGAGAUCAGGACCAGAACGUCUCGUUCCACAUGAUCGUCAAGGACGUGUCAGUUCCCGCAAGGUACCACAUCUCCUACGGAACUGUCGACACCUUGCUGCUGGACAACAGCUGGCACAUCAGGCCGAAUGGGGCCCUGGAGUUUCAGCUGCACCAGUAUGUCAACGGCAAGGCAGAGUUCGAGGUCUACAUGGAGGAUGACGGAAGCCUCGCUUGCGGGGGGGCGAGGCAGGCUCAGCAGAACUUCACCUUCCUGCUGGAGGUCCUGCCGGUGAACCAGAACCCGAGGUUUGAGUUCUCUCCCUCCUCCGUGCAGCAGGGCGGCGAGAUCCCCGUGCUGUGGCUUCUCGAGUCGAGCCAAGACAUUGUGAGGGAGGAGGGGAGGAACCUGCUGGUCAACGUCACAUCUGGCGAAUGGGACGAGGGCGACCAGGGCCUGAUCUUCCAGGUCGAGUUCGUGUCCGGCGAUCCGGAUCUGCUCUUGGGCCCGCAAGUCGUGCUGAACUUGAGAGGUUUCGGCUGCAGCUUUGCUUCUGCUAGGCUUUGCUACUCCUCUGCGGAUUUUCUUUUCAGGACGGACAGCCAUCGUUUCGGAUCGAGCCUCUACAACUUCGUUCUGAGAGACACGGGGUCUUAUGCGGGGCCGAACCGAGGAGAGACGAGGAAGCUGCUGAUGGUGAACGUUGUGCCUGUCAACGACGAGCCUCGCUUCACCAUGACUGAACAUCUCCUGAACAUCCGGAUGGGUGAAAACUGCAACCUACAAGCUUCCCAGGCGAUGAUGUACAACCUAACGAUCAGUUCCAUCAGCAACAACAGCGAAGUCUUCAACUUGACUACUCUAGCUGACCUGUUAGUCUUUCCGACGGCCUCGUCAUCGCAGCAGGACUUGUACCGAACUAUCUCGGACACUCUGAGCACGUUUACAGGGAAGAAGAUGUCCGUGAGCCUCAGGGCUCCCUGCGUCUCGGGUCCGUCAGACUUAUCUGCCCUGAUGAACAUCACUUGCUUCCUGUACGUUGAAGGCUGUCGGGAUGCCGCUGACCACCUGGCCGUACGGAGCCAGCUGCAGACAUCGAUUGCUGGACUUAUAAGUCUGAGGGACUCAAACUCGACCCUACCUGUCUCGGUCUCCGACGGGACAUUCGCGUGCCUUUUGGACCGCAACAUCUUCGUGGUCCCGAACUUCAUCACCAAGUUCACCGUUGGCCCGUUCGAGGGCUACAACCACGACAAGAGCACAAGGAGAAGCUACGAAAACCAGACGGGCUCCUUCGAGUUUGCUAACGUCAACGGUGCCCAACAAGAAACUCCCGUCAUCCCUCGCGUCCUCCUGCCCUGCGGGUCCCUCGUCUUAGAGGUGACCAACUCUUCCAUGAGCAGCACAAACUUCUCCAUCACCCUCGUGGACUCUCAUGCUGACGACGGAACCACCCAGCGCUCCCAGACUGAGCACUUCGUCGUCCAGAUCCUCCCCUACGUCAAGCUUCCCAGCUUCGACCUGCGUGUGCAGGAGUUGACGAUGUUUGAAGGGUCUGGAGAAUUCUUCAACAAUUCUGUGGCAUACAACAUACUCUCUGGAUCAGGUAACUGGGAGAACACGACCUUCAACAUUGUAGUGCAGUAUCCAAGCAUGUUUGCUGUGCUACCAACGAUGACGCUGGAUGGAUCCUUGAAUUUCACUCUCUCGCCAUAUCAACAUGGGACAACAACGCUGAGCAUAACCUUGCUGAGUGUCUUCCAUGACUACAAGACCUCGGUGAUCACCUCGGCGGUCAAGGUGAUAGUGUUGAAAGUGCUGCCGGUAAAUCAGAAGCCCACUUUCAUAGUGCGGGACGUGUUCAUUGUGAAGAACUGUCCGGUGCAGGCAGAUGAAGCAUGUCAGAACAGGUUCCACAUCGUAGAGAACUUGGUGUCGCAGCUAGUGGUGGACAUGCCGAACAAAGUUUGCAACUCUCAGGGCGUCUUCUGCGACAACCAGAAUGUCACCUUCUUCAUUGAUGACGUCACUAACCCCUCGUUGUUCAAUCUUCAGCCAGUGGUUCAUGCCAACGGUUCGCUGGUCUUCAGCGUCAAUCCUGACCUGACCGGCGAGUCUUUGGUGAUGCUGCACGCGACGGACGACGGGCCCAUGAACAGCGACCCGAUGUUUGCAGGAGACAACACGUCCACUCGACACUCCUUCAAGAUCCUCAUCGAUACCAUCGACUACCCGCCGACCUUCGCCCUUCAGCGGAACGUCUCAUGUGGAAACCUGAACGCGACGAGGAACGAGACUUGUACCUGCCCGACCCUCGAGAAUUCAACCAUGAGCUAUCAGGUCUGCUCGGUACCCAUGAACAUCCUUCGUAACGAUUCAGUCAACGUCGAGAUUCUCCAGGGAGCUGGUCUCCUGCGGAUUGACAACUUCGCCUCCUACGUCUCUCCUGCCGAAGGGUUCUUUGCGAGACAUAGAUCGAUCUUCGGGUUCCCAAAGCCUCCGGCCAGUCUCGUGACGUCAGCCGUGAACUUCACGGUCCAGAGGAGCGACCCUGUGGCAGCGAUCGGAGGGCUGGGCAAGUAUUACACAGACUAUGUCGUCUCACCUGACAAGAAACACAUUUAUGCCGUCCAGAGGGACACAAACUCUGUCUCCAUCGCGCAGAUUCAGAAUCAAAACAUCUCGCAGACAGCGUUCCUGGACAGAAGGUCCGACGGCGAGGACAGGUUGAGAUUCCGAGGCUUCACCCAGUACGCUAAGAACGACAGUGACAUCAUCACAUACAACCUGACCGACCUCUGCCACUUGUCGUCGGUAGUUGUCGAUCACAGGCCCUACAUCAUGAACUCGGCAGGAUGUCAGUACAUUCCAGAACCUGCGCCUGUUCCCUCGGACUGCCCCAUCGACAAGCUGACUGUCCUUUGCGACAUCAACUGCUGCAACGAACUUCUGCUGCAGACUGUCGGAAACUGGGUCUUCGAGUCUGCUAGCCUCUAUGGUGAGCAGUCCGUCCAGAAAUCCCUGUCGAGCCUCGGCAAUCUGACGUGCAACUCCAGCAUGUGUGUGUACUCCAGGAACAGACUGCAAUCAAACUGCGAUGAGAGAUAUGACACAGUCUACGGACCCGCCACCUUCCGCGACUCGUCGGGGGUGUUGGGAGCGGCUCUGGUGCUCGGGGCAGGCCUGAGUUGCAAGUCUGACGUGUAUGCUGACUGGGACCGGACGCCACAAGCGAGCAUGUCGCCACUCAACUUCAUCUCCAACAACGGCGUGAAGGAGUCGAUUCAACUGAACAUGUUGAACCCAAGGUUGGUAGUGUCCGGGGACACGACCACUGUAGCAAGUGUGCUGCAGAAGCAACUGGCCGUCUCAAUUUGGUUCACGAUCGAGAAAGACACGGUCGAGUCGGGGCUGGUGAGCGCGGGAUACUUUGCUACAUGCGUGAAGGGCUGGACGAUCUCAUAUUCAAGAAGCUCUACCAGUACCUCCUUCUACUUCAACUUCACCGCCAGCAGCAGCAUCCAGAGGAAGAUCUUAAACACUUACCGCAGGACCCCGACGCUGGAACUCGGCAGCUGGGCUCACCUGGUGGUGUCCUACAACGGGACGGGAGUUGACUUCUACCUCAACGGAAACCUCGUCCAGUCAAGGAUCGCCUGCCCAGCUGACUGUGGGGUCCUCAAGUACACUUCCGACGCACCUCAGUGCAAGUUUGACAACCCGUUCUUGCUGGGGGACCUGGGAGUUACCAGCAACCCUCAGCAGCACACGGGGAUGGUAAGAAGUGUCAGGAUCUUCAAACGAGCCCUGGUUGCCAGCGAGGUUGACUUCCUCUACAAGCUGGAGAACUUGACAACAACUGUGCUGCUUGACAACUACUGGGUCCACGGAACCGGAAGGGUAGUCAACAAGACCAUCCUUGGGGCGAUAUCGCCUAGUGGGGACUUUGCAAACACGAAUGAGUCGACGAGCAUCAUGUUGCACGGGAGGUUCAGCAAGGGCUUCGGGUACCGCUGUGAGUUCAUCACUGCAGGGCAGACGGGCGUGUCCAACAUCUCCUACCCCAUCUGUGAUGACCCUCUCUACUGCAGCUACCUCAUCUGCCUGGACAUAUUCUGGCCUUCGGGGAUGAGAGCGACUACGAUGCGACUGAUCCGACGGAACAUGACGAGGGGAACAGAGGCGACGGUCUUGCAGCGCUUCUGCUUCGAUGAGAGCUGCGGUUACAUCCCUCCUGACCAGCGGAAUGUCAGCGACUGGUGGAUGAUAGUAACGGAGGACGGGUCCACGAAGCUCGACACAGGCUGCACGGGAGUUCUCACAACCUUCCGCUUCAUCAUCCGGUCGGAGAUCCAGAGGCUCGACGUGACGUCCAAGGCCGUCAGCCGGGUCAAAUCUCUAUCGCCGCUGAUAGUGACUCAGGACUUCAAGUUUGACACCUACGCCGUCAACGUUUCUAGCCGCGCCAUCAUCGAAACAAACCUCACGUCAAGGAACUUCACCAUCAACGUCGGCCUGUGGAACCGGACGGUCUGCCCGUCGGGCACACUGACUGUCAUCAACACGUCCGUCUCCAUCCUGCCGUACUUCCAUGACUUCUGCAACAGCACCAACAGCACGUGCAAGGGAGGGAUCUGUACUUACUUCAACAACCUUACCGUCCUCGGUGUCUCCUCCAUCACCCCCUUCGAGUUCUCCGGUCAGACCUACCUGAUGGUGGCCAACUACUGGGACGGGAAGAGCACCUCAGUCUUCUCCCCGCUCCUGCACAUUACUGUCAGCGGCACCUCGGGGGAUGUUGGACUAGUCCAUGUGCAGUCAGUAUUCACCAGCGGGGCCAGGAAGUGGUUGUACGUGGAUGUGAACUCUCGAUCCGACGACAGCAGGCCGCUGCUGAUCCUGACGUCCUUCGUUGACAACUCAGCUGGCUACCUCUUGAACUCCUCGAGCGGACUUCCCUUGCAAGCUUCUGACCCUAUCCCGUUCCCAGUGUGGUCCUCCGCGUCUUCCUGCUCCUUUGAGAUCUUCAACGUCUCCUACGUGGCUUUUGCCUCCUUCACGAGCAACCAGGACUCUACCAUCUUCGCCCUCGGCGUCCCGAAGAACUCGACAUUCAGCUACUUCGGCGACCGGCUGGUCCCUCACGAUCGGGAGUUUGCCAACAGGCGGGUGACUGCGAAGAAGGUCCUGUCUUUCACAACCACCAACGCCUUUGACGUGGUACAUCUCACCGCCGACAACCGCAACUUCGUCAUGUUCGCCAGCUUCAUGCUCAACGGGGCCUCGCAGAUCUUCGAGCUCAAGGGCUCCGGAAUGAUCUCGUCCGCUGACCUCCUGCAGUCUCUGAAUGUUCCCUAUGCCACGUCCUUGCGCGCCUUCACCUACAGCGUCACCUACAUCAUGGUGGGAAGCGCAUCGAGAUUGACAGAAAUGUAUCGGUGGAACGGGACUCAGUUCAACGGCGCUCUGUCCGCCAACACACCUGCCUCUGGAUCGUCAGGAGGACAACAGAUCCCGUUUGCGAAUGUUUCCUCGAUUGACCUCGUGCAGUGGCCGAGCUCGGACGGGCUUCAUACCUGCAACAACCAGGUCGCCUUGUUGUUUGUCGGGCUUCGAUCGUUCGACCCGAAUGUCUCGGCCAGCGUGAAGAUACUGAGGGGAUGGAGGGAGUGUGUGUCAGAAAUGCGCAGGCCAGUCGCUAUCGACAUCCUCCCUACUGGCAACUUCGUCUACAUCGCAUCUGCAGAGUCUCGCUCGAUCUCCGUCUUCUGGCGUGACCCUGCCGUCGGACAUCUGAUCUACAGCAGCAGCGCCUCGUUCACCUCAGGAUACUCAGCUCUGAUGCAGCAGAUCUCCACCAACGUGAUCACCAAGGACAAGCUGCUGAGCAAAACCGACUUCGGAUUCCCUUUCCGCUCCAUCCGGUCGAUCCAGGUGAGCGCGGAUGCUCAGAAUCUCUACGUGACGAGCUUCAACGACAAUGCGAUCACCGUGUUCAACGUCGACCAGACGACUGGCGGACUGACUCGCGUGCAGACGCUGAGUGAGGGGCAGAGCAUUGCUGGGACUGUGACGAAGGGAAUCAAAGGGGCGACGGGGCUGCACAUUGCCAACCUGGUGUAUGUGACAGGAUGGUUGGACGAUGCUGUGAGUGUGUUCAACAGGAACUCGAACGGAGAGCUGGGGUUCUGCGAUGCGACAUACAACGGAGAAGUGAACUUCCUGUCUUUCAACGUGUCUUCACCCAACACUCUGAUCCCGAUCAAAGCGCUGACCACGACCCAGUCAUUCCAGGAGGGGAGCUUCUACCCGAAGAGGAUCGGAAGUUUCAGCAACAACUGGGCUCUGACUGCCCGAGCUACGAGGCACUUUCAGAUCGACCAGGUCGACUACCUCGCUGUUGCCUCUAGCGAUGGUGAGACGGGCGUCGGAACCGUCACGGUCCACCGUUGGAGCUCUUCCUCCACCAAGUUUGUCCUGCUCCAGACUCUCUCCGGCAACCAGGCGGCCCAUUCAGUCACCUACUUCAACAUCAGCGACCGUGCCGGGCAUGUCCUGCACUACCUCGCCGUCUCCAACUCCAUGACUUCAACUUGCAACCGUCAGUCAAACGGGGUCAACAUCUUCUCUUGGAACCAGGGCCAGCAGCUGUUCGAACUUUUCCAAAACCUUCAGAACACUGAUCCAGCCCGCGAAUCCCUAACGGGGGCCGUGCACGCUGAAUUCUUCACCUUGAAGGGAGACGUGCACUACCUGGCUGUGGCGUACUAUGACGAUUGCUAUAGAAACUCCACAGUUGAGUCCGUCAUCUACCGCUGGAACCCCUAUGGGUGGAUGCGGCAGACCAGCGAGACGGCGAUGACCUGGACCCCUGGCUUCGAGCCCUUCCAGAGGGUCCAGACGUUUGGAGCCGUUUGGAUCGAAUUCCAAGAUCCAGUCCUGGUGAUCUCCAACUUCUAUGACGGGCAUUCUUGCUCGUUUGACAACGUCGACGUGUACGUAUUCAACAAGGAUCUGUACAACGACAUGCUGCGAAGUCCAGCUGGAUCGUUCGAGAUACGGCAGAAGAUAGCUGGACAUGGGACCACGGGGACCAAGAUCUUCAACCUGGAGGGGGUCGGCAUGCUGAUGGCUGUCGCAAACAGGCAAGCCGAUCUCUACAGGAUGGACGACAUGAGUGUGUUCGAUGUGGAUCCUGUGAUCUACAUAUGGAAUGACACUUGUGUGAACCAAUGGACUGAGAAUCGCCCGUCGGGAUGCUUUCUCUUGUAUCAGACCCUGCAGUUCCAGUCUUCCAUGGGCAACGUCACCAUCCCCGACAGCCUCUACACAACAGCAGCCUCCUCCGGCUCUUCCAUCUUCAACGAGUUCCGUGCCAACAUGACGGCAAGGUACUGCAUGGAAAAUGCCUGCACGACGUCGGACGACGGGGCGACGAAGGUAGUCAACCAUGUCCGGGGAGCAACGAGAGUUCACUUCUUCGAGGAGGGAGGCAACGUGUUCCUGGCUGUUGCCCAGUCAGUCUGCAACUUCAGUUCCUCCAGAGCUGCCUGCAUCGGGGAGAUGGGGAUGAACGGGGCUGUUCCGCAGUCCAAGUCUUCCAUCUUCCAGUGGGAGGCGAGGACGAGAAAGUUUGUGGAGAUGCUCGCGAUCAACCAGGAGGAUGCCAAGUACCCACGGCAUCAUCAGUACGCUAUGAGAGUUGACGUGGGUCAGGCUCUCAACAUCGAAGACUUCGUCAUCGGCGGUCAACACUUCCUGGUCUUCUCCAGCCAUACCCACGGAGCGCUACUCUUUCUAUGGCGCUUCGAGCUGGUCAACGGGAUGACUGGGCCCGUCGGUGUCACCACGGCCGAUACCGACGCAAUGUCAACCAUCUUCGUGCUGAACGAGCUAGAGCACUCGCUCGUCACUUUCGACAUCGCCAGCGUCUACGACGGUCUUGGCCACCGACAGAGUCUGUGCGACAACGUGGGCUUCAAGUUCCGGGGAACGCAGGUCGAGCAGCUGCUGACCAAGAGCGGGCAGGCGGUGGAUCCGAGCAAGAAGUCAGCGAUGGGGCUGAAUGGAGCAAGGAAGAUCAUUUCCUCCUGCCUGGGGUCAAACUCUUCUAGAAACAUCUUCUGGUUGUUCCAGACUGCCGACUCAGCAUUCAACAACAUGUGCAAGGUCACAGUCCUGGCCGGGCCGAGACGGGACGAGGAGGUCUGUUCUUCUAUAGGGACGGCGAUCAGCAAGGCCGGGGAGGCUGUUCCCUGCCAGUCAGUGAGCUUCCUCGUAACGCAGUUGUCCGCUGACCCCCCCCAAUUUGUCCUGCCCAACCUCACGCUGCAUAUCAACGGGACCCUCUCGCUCCUCGCUCCCAGCAUCAGCGGCUCCGCGAGCUUCAAGGUGGAGCUCUUGGACGACGGGCUGUCAACCAGCUACGAGGGGAGGCGGUUAGGAGACGAUCGAUCCUCGCCGAGGUACUUUAACCUGGUCGCCAUCCCCACCACCUCCGUCCCCUUCUUCGUCCCCUUCGACGUCUUCUGCAACCAGGGCACAGGAACACAGUCCCUCGUGUUCGCUUCUGACCUCUCCUUCGGUGCUGCCGGCAGUUUCAUCUCGGACAUGUACUGGGAGUUCACCUGGUCCAGGGCAACCUUUCUACAGACCCAGCCACUGCUCUCGGUCGAGCUGGUUGAGGGCAUUCCCAUGGGUAUCGUCAGAGUCACCCCUACCGCCGACGGCUUCGGGAGCACAGUCUUCACCGUUCGCCUCGUGAACAGGUACUCCCUGACGCUGAAACGCGGCAGCUUCGCCUCUGUCUACAAGAACUUCACGCUGACCGUCCGGCCUGUCAACCAGCCGCCGACCUUCAGGCCGAGAGUCCCUUCGCUCACCGUCAUGGCCGGAAACGGAAGCUACUUCGAGAAGGGUUUCGCUACGCAGCUCACGGCAGGGAAUGCAGCAGAAGACAAGACACAACUUGUAUCGUUCAGCAUCGCUGGCAUACACUUAGGAAGUCAGUACUACACGCAGGACCAGCUCUUCAGCAGCUUCCUUCUCAACUCUACCGUCCUCGCGUUCACCGUCCUCCCCAACACAACGGGAACUUUCAACCUGACAUUGAUGAUCAAGGACAACGGCGGAACGACGGACGGAGGAGUCGACUACUCGCUCGUUGGCAUGCAGCUCGUCGUCAUUCCUUCUAACAAGCUCCCCAAGUUCGCUCCUCGGGCUCUGAAGGUCCCAGAGGCGAAGCUGGUCGUCCCCCAGGUCUUCACUGCCUUCUUGGUCCGAGAGAUCUCCGACCUCAAGUUCAAGGCGAGGAACCUGAGCUUCUGGACCGAGAGCUCCAACAAGAACCUCUUCCUCCAGGGACCCAACAUCUCCUACCCUGACGGCACCCUAAGCUUCACUCUCAACCCCUUCCACAACGGCGUUGCCAACCUGACCAUCUGGCUCUAUGACUCGUCCCAGCAGCUCAACAGGAGCACCAACAAGGACUUCUUCACAGCACAGCUCACCGUCAUCCCUGUCAACGACCCUCCUACCUUCAACGUCACCCCCGAGUAUCGUUGCGUAGAGAACAGCGGGCCGCAGAUAGUCCGGGGAUUCGUCUUCGACGCUCUCCCCGGCCCUCCGGACGAGAGCUGGCAGAGCAUUUUUUACAAUAUCAGGAUCGAGAACCUCUCCCCCAACCUCUUCUCCUCCUCCCCGUACCUCGACGCCAGCGGCACCCUCUACUUCACGAGCGCUCAGGACGCCCAUGGCACAGCGACGCUCCUCAUCUCCGCGUUCGAUGACGGGGGGUCAGACUUCGGAGGCCUCUCCACCAACGCCUCCCUCAGCUUCGUCGCUGUCGUCCGCGUCCUCCCGCUGCCGAGGCUGCUGGGAAUCACUCCAGCAGUCCUCCCGUCCAGCACAAGCAUGCAGGUCACAGUUCUUGGGUUGUACUUCGGGUCCACGUACAGCAGGGGAUACGCAGCGGGCGAGUAUCGAAAUGCGCAAGUCUUCUUCGGCAACCGAUCAUGCGCCAACGUGUCCAUCCUGUCUGACAGCAAGAUCCUGUGCGAGACGCCGCUGCUCCAGGGAGCCCAACAGCUCUCGCUGCGAGUCAACGAGCUGGGGCUGGACCGGCGAGUUUCUCUUCCCAAAAACGUCUUCUUCAACUCCUUCUACGUGGGAGGCCUCGGGGUCGGGGCGACGGGCGAGGGUUUCAUGGGAUACGGCUACUCGGCACUGAGCUCCGGAGGGGUUCAGUUCCACCCUGAUGAGAUGGCAAUCGACGGUUCCAUCCUGGCCCUGUACACAGAAGCACACGUCAUCGUCUUCGGCGGCUCCUUCCGGUCUGUGAACUCCGUGAUGGUCAACCACAUCUUCAUGUGGAACGGGGUCACAGUCAGGCCCUUGGGCUUCGGAGUGGACGGGGAGGUGAAGGCGAUCGCCAAGUACGGCAAGAGCCUGUUGGUAGGAGGAUCCUUCACCAAGGGCUACUCCACACGAGGAGCAGCGACUCACAGCGGCGGCCUGAUCAGGUGGGACGGUGCGCGAUGGCAGCAGGUGGAGGGAGUUCUGCAGGGGGAGAUCCGGACCAUUGUCACCAACGAGAGCAGCAUCUUCGUCGGAGGGGAGUUCAACCAGUUCUGCUCGAGGCCCUUCAACGGCAUCGCCAUGUUCGACGGGACGCAGUGGCGGUCGCUCGGGGACGGGGUGUCAGGGGGGAGCGUCUCGGGUCUUGCCGUCUACGGCAGCGUCCUCGUGGUCGCUGGCAGCUUCACAAGCGCCAGCAGCCUCCCCAUCGCAAAGCUCGCGCUCUGGAACGGAACUACAUGGAGAGGCCUUGGGCGGGUGGAAGGAGACGUGUUCGCUCUCGUGACGUGGGGCUCCGACUUGUUCGCAGGCGGGGCGAUGAAGGCAAUCGACGGGUUGAGCGUCAACGGCUUUGCCCGCCUCUCCCUCCUCCAGGACUACUCCCAGUACGCCAACCCCUGGGCUGCUGUCGGGCUUGGCAUCAACGGCUACGUGACAAGCAUGGUCACAGCUGACGACUGCGUGUACGCUGUUGGCGCUAUCGACAGGGUCUUCUCCUCCCCAGGGCAAGGAGCAGCAGCGAGCAACGGCUUCAGAGUCUGCAGAGCUAGUGGGUGGGAGGAGUACGAGGCGUUUGUGGAGGACGAGAAUCGGACAAGCUCGAUCUUGUACGUGAUCGCGCCUGCGGGAAGAACAGUCCAUCCCUCCUCCCUCCUUCCUCUCCUCAACUAUACCAACUCGACUUGGACCAACUCCACCAACUCUAGUGUCAUAUAA